UUUUUUUUUUUGGCAGAAGAAAAGUAUGCUUAACAUCAAGGUAUGCUGGCAUUAUGUGCCCAUGUAUCUAUGUUUAUUAAUUUUUUCAUUUUAUUUUCAUGUUGGAGCUGAAUCAACUGGUCAGUUCUCCAUUACUGAGGUUUUCAAAACUUGGUCAGCUUCCUUUUAGAACUCUUGGAACAAUAUAAUUGAUCCUGCGCAUUUGCUUUCUUUAUUUGCUGAUCCCGGUAACUGUUGUGGAUUUGGAAUUGGUUCAAUGUGCAUUUCUGCUUCGAUUGUUCAGGUACAAUCACUUCGAGUUAGGUUAACACGUGUCCUCAUCGAUAUUGGAGCAAAGCAAACUCUCUGCAGAAACCCUCACUUCGACUUAGUAAACUCAAUCAUCUCUACUAAUGGUCAACCAGAUGGAGCUUUAAGUAAUUGUUAGUCCUAAUACUUAAUUUGGUAUAUUGUUGGGUCCUAAUAUCUAAUUUGGGCCAUUCAAAUUUGGGCGGACAUGUCUCUUCACUUCUGCAAACCUCAUACUCAACAAUAGCAGCCAUUCACUGUAUCGGCAAACGUCAUCCUUUCAACAAUUUUUUCUCCUUGGAGGCUAAUACGAAACAUUUAAUAAUGACUUCUAGAGUACCAUAUGAUGCUCGAAUUUUGAUCUGGUCCAAACGUUGUGCAAUUCUUUUAUGGUAAUGAUACUGCCGUCACACCAAAAGCCGGGACAGACGAGUCAAACUUCCCUGUUCUGACCAAGAAAUGAAAAUAAUUAGAGCAGGUAUCAAAAGGAGGUGAAUGAUAUCAUUGCCUUAGAAAAAGAGAAUCACUCAAAGUUCACGGCUGUUUGCAACUGCUUUUGAUUACUCUUCCAAACAAUUGGUUACAGUAGUUCUACAGUCCUUCCACUGAUUCUUUGCCUUGCUUCCAACGUCUAGAGAGGCUAGAUUGCAUGCGCAUGAAGGAUUCGAAUUUACAUGUCUCUCACUCUGUUCAGACUUUUUGAACUGGAUACCACAAGAUGAUUCCUUUGUUUUUCGUUUAUGCUUACACGAAUCUCUGCAGUAAUAGACUUGAAUGAUCUCAGAUUCAUAAAGGAUUCAACUGUCUGAGGGGAAAAAAAGGUGAAUUAUGCGCAGAUCAAAGAGUGUUACGUGAUAGUUAAAGUUCAAAGCUAGGCUUCUGACAAGCAGUUGCUUGAUGCUUUACUUCAGACACUCGUUUGAGGCAGUAAGCUUUUGCAGGACUUUGAGACUGUGAUCCCAAUGGAGCCCAGCUUCCCUGCAUUCUCUUCCCCUGUUGACGGCUUCAAGGACGAUAGCCUCACUCACCCAGCCAUUUCUUAUCAUUCUCGAAAUCUCAGUAAUGUUGUCAAAAUCAAUGAACCUCCUGUUAUUUCCAACUCUGUAGAAAUGACCUCUCUCCCGUGCCAACCUGAGCUCAAAUAUAAUGGACCAUCUCUUCCUAUUAAUCUUGAUGGAGACCUGGUCCUUCCAUCAACAAAUAAGAGACCCAAUUUAGGGAUGAUCUGCUGUUCGACUAGCUCCAGUGAAAGCCCAAAUAAAGGGGAGGAGUCUCUUUCCCUCUCAGUUCACAGCAACUCAACGGAUCCUGUUCUUAAACACAUAAAUCAGAUGCUUAUGGAAGAGAAUAUGGAGGAGCAACCCUGGGUCAUUCCCAACAUCGUGGCUCUACGGCACACGGAAAAGUCUUUGUAUGAUGCACUUGGCAAGAAAUACCCAGAUUCCCCCGAGCAAACUGAACAGGUUGACACCAAUCCGGUCAUUAACAGCUCAAGUUGGAGUCCUUGGGGAAGCAGCGGUGGUCAAGGCAGUAAUGGCACUACCAGCACCAGCUCCAACUCUUUCCAUCCUCUGGAUCUUGAUACACAUGAUGAUCUGGAAGGAAAUGAUUAUGUUUUCAUUCAUGCCAAAAGCCCUGGUGACGUGGUCUUGCAGUCUAACGCGGAUGGCAAAUUUCAAUCUCCCAUCAAUUAUGUAAACUACUUGCCUAAGUAUGGGGAUAAGUUUUAUUACUCGGUUCCAAGUGAGCUCCUAAUUGGGCACAUCUUCAACAACAAUGAGUCUGUCCUGCAAUUUAAUAGAGGUUUAGAGGAGGCCAGGAAGUUCAUCCCUAGCAGCAUUUAUAUCAAUCAGGAGAAAGAAGGAUUGGCUCCAACCAUCAGAGAGAAAGAAGAAAUUGGCAUCAAUGGUACCAAUCAGUCAGAAAAUGGGUCAAGGGGGAGAAAGAAUCAUGAAAGGCAUUAUGCCAUAUUUGAAGAAGGGCGGGCCACCAAGCAAUUGGCUUCGGACAACGAAGACUAUGAGCUUUCAGAUUUGCUUGAAAAGUUGUUGCUCAGCAACAAGAAUGGGGGGCUUCUUUCAUUAGAGUGCAAAUCAGAGAAGUCAAUUGAAACUAAGGACCUUCAUGGUCCUAAUGGUACUUGGGAUCAUAGUAAGAAGAAGGAAUACGAAAGCAGAUCGGACUUGAGGAGUCUUCUGACUCUCUGUGCCCAAGCUGUCUCUACCUAUGACUUCAAAACUGCUCGUGAACUGCUAAGGCAAAUUAGACAAGAUUCAUCCCCCACCGGUGAUGCUUCUCAAAGGAUAGCCCAUUACUUUGCAGAUGGGCUGGAAGCACGCCUUGCAGGCAGUAUUGGUAGAAGUCAAGCUUUUCACUAUUCAGUUAUCGAGAAGAGAUCGCUAGCUGAUAAGGUCCGAGCAUACCAACUUCAUUAUUCGACCUGUCCAUUCACGAGAUUCCAAAUCCUCUUCUCAAACUACAUGAUUCUGAAAUCAGCAGAAACAGCAAAAGUGCUUCAUAUUGUAGACUUCGGUAUUAAUUUUGGUUUCCAAUGGCCAAUCCUUAUCCAAGAGCUCUCAAAGAGAACCGGAGGGGUUACUAAGCUGCGCAUCACAGGAAUAGAGCUUCCACAAUCUGGAUUUCGUCCAGCUGAGAGAAUUGAGGGAACAGGUCACCGUUUGGCCAAAUAUUGUAAGCGUUUUCACAUACCUUUCGAAUUCCAAGCAGUAGCAUCAGCGAGCUGGGAAUGCAUCAGAGUUGCCGAUCUCAAGAUUCAAAAAGGAGAGGUGGUUGCUGUGAAUUGUCUGUCUCGAUUUGAGUAUCUCUAUGAUGAGACAGUUGAGGUGAAUUGUCAGCGAGAUAUGGUCUUAAGCCUCAUCAAGAGUAUGAAACCUCAUGUCUUUGUUCAUGGUAUAAGAAAUGGAUCCUACAACGCACCAUUUUUCAUAACAAGAUUCCGUGAGGCUCUUUUUCACCUCUCUACUAUGUAUGAUAUGUUCAAUACUACCGUAGAUCGUGCCAAUGUGCAAAGGUUGGUUCUGGAGAGAGAUUUCUUUGGGCGAGAAAUUAUGAAUAUUGUGGCAUGUGAAGGCUUGGAGAGGGUUGAGAGGCCUGAAACAUAUAAGCAGUGGCAAGUCCGUCUUAACAGGGUUGGUUUCCAGCAGCUUCCUCUGGAUCAGGAGUUGAUAAAAAAGGCUAGGGCUAAGUUGAGUGGAGAUUACCACAAGGAUUUCAUGCUUGAUGAAGAAAAUAACUGGAUACUGCUCAGUUGGAGGGGCCGGAUAAUUUCAGGUUGCACCUGUUGGGUGUCACCAUAGUUUAUUCUGAAAGCAUGUUUUGCAUCAUAAUAACCCACGAUGAGAGAUAUUCUUCCUGAAUUGCCAGAACAUAACACUAUAUCAAAUGUUUCAAAGGUCAAGUAUAAUUGCUGUAAAUCAUCUCAACAGAAGAUACGACAGGAGAAUGAUCAUAGGCAAAUCCCGUUCUGGGCACAACUAUGAUAGAUAAAACUGAUUUGGCAGGAGGAUAUCAAACAAAGAGUUGGAAUUGUUGUGUGGAAGACAUCUUUGUAAGUUUUUCGUUAUAUCUUGCAGAGGUACAGCACCUCUGCUUCUUGCCUGGGGUUUUGGCGAAAGAAGUAUGAUGCAAUUCUUUCUUUUACUUCUCUGAACCAGUGGAGCCGUUUCUUGGCUCUUUCGUAGUACAGGAUUCGCAUAAAAUGCAGUGCAAGUGAACGUUCAUUUCAGAGAGAUGAAUAUCAUCUAAAAUUGAGACUUUCCAACAUC